AAAGAACCUCUGAGUGACCUCCCUUAUCAAACCCAAUAGCUCCACGCUGACCACCAAUCUUCGCAGCCAACAAUCAUCAUUUUCACAUGGCAGGGUUCCCAGUUUCCGCAACUACAGCAACCAACCGAGCUGCUUCUAGUGGCUUUCUUUAGCCUGCACUCUGCUCUCACCUAUUAAAAUGCGCUCCCUUCUCACCCUGACAUCGCUUUUAUCCUUUCCUCCACCAUGCUUCAUCUCCAAUUUCCACUUCUCACCUCCUUCUUGCACUUCUUUCCUUUAUAGCCUUAGACCCAACAGGCGUUUUCACUUCCUCUGUCCUUGUUCUUCUCUUAAACAGACCAAGAAACAACAGACUCUUCAAAAGACCAAUGCUCCUCAGAGUUUGAGAUGGUUCUUGAAUCCUAAAGGUGGAGGUGGUGGUGGUGGUGCUGAUGAUGAUAAAAUUAAGGGUGAUGGUGAAGCUGAUGGGGGAUUGCAAGGGAAUACCGCUGUUAAAGGUACCCUUUUGGCUGGGGUAUUGCUCGUGGGUAUUGUUGGUGGGUUUGGCGCUGUUGGAUAUGUUUACAAGGAUCAGAUCAAUGCUUUUUUGAACCAGCUUUCCGGGUUUAUUGAAGGUUAUGGACCAGCUGGAUAUGCUUUAUUUGUAGCAGUUUAUGCAGGACUGGAAAUCCUUGCAAUUCCAGCAAUUCCAUUAACCAUGUCAGCAGGUCUUCUUUUUGGCUCUGUUAUUGGCACCAUUAUCGUCUCUAUAAGUGGAACAGUUGCUGCUAGUGUGGCCUUUCUAAUCGCUAGAUAUUUUGCUCGUGAGCGGAUUCUUAAACUGGUUGAAGGAAAUAAAAAGUUUCUUGCCAUUGACAAAGCAAUUGGUGAAAAUGGAUUCAGAGUUGUUACCCUUCUUCGUUUGAGCCCUUUGCUUCCAUUUUCCCUGGGGAAUUAUUUGUAUGGAUUGACAUCUGUUGAGUUUGUCCCAUAUGUUCUGGGAAGUUGGUUGGGAAUGCUUCCAGGAACAUGGGCAUAUGUGAGUGCUGGCGCAUUUGGCCGUGCAAU